AUGAGAAAGGAACUAGACAAAUAUGGUAUUCAGAUGCCAGCGUUUGGUAAAAUUGGUGGUAUCCUAGCCAAUGAAAUGACUGUAGAUGAUGCAGCUUUACAUGCAGCUAUAAUUGCUAUUAAUGAAGCUAUAGAAAAUGAGAACAGUAAAGAAACAUAUAACGCCCUACAGAAUCCAUCAGCCAUGUUGGUCAACAUCAAUCUGGAGGCAGCUGAUAAUUACCAAACUCUUCUAUUUCAAGCUAAACAUACUAAAGCUGAAAAUGCCAGAAAUAAGAGUAUGGAUGCUGAUAGAGUUUUAGAACAAGAUAUUUAUGAUGAAAUUUUAACACAGGCAGAAAUUCAGGGAAAUCUUAACAAAGUCAACACCAGUCGAGCGUUAGAUGAUUUAAAUGAUGCCUUAUUAAAAGGUGAUAGACAAACAAUUUUAGGAGCUUUAAAAUCAUCACAUCUUGGUUUGAAAAACAUUAAUGAUGAAAAUCUCGAUUUUUAUAUUGAAAAAUUACAUCAACUUAGAGAAAAUAAAAAG